ACCAGAUGGCGGUUUAGGAUUGCUGCUCUUCUCUCAAGGCGCGGUUCCGCUCGUACGGCCAAUUUUCAAUAUUAAAAUACGUACGAUAAUAAAACGAUAAUCGAUUUAUUGUUUCGGAAGGUGACAACCGUUUCGGCGAUGUUCGCUAAAGGAGUUGAAGAGAGUUAAGUGCCAGCAAGUUGAGUGCAGUCCGUCCUGGAGCCUCUCCUCCCUGCCCUUCCACAACUUUUCCCCCCAACUGAGCUGCUGUCUUGUGCCUCCAAGACCUGAAACACACUCAGUCCUGAAGAGACACACAAACAGUUACACACCUCACCGCCAGCCCCACUAACCAGGAUGAUCACCUCGGAGCUGCCUGUCCUACAGGACUCAUCCAAUGAGUCUGGGGCGACAGAUGCUGUGGGUUUAAGUAUGAGCAUGAGUGAGAUGGAAGAUCCAGAGGUGAAAGGCAAGAAGAAGAGAGGGAGGCCUGGAAAACAAGCACCGGCGUCCAAUAAAAAGCCUCGGAAGUCACCGACGGACAAGGCUAUGGGCAUAGCGAGAGGGCGAGGGAAAGCCAACGGUGUUGCUCAACAUAAUGGAGACGGCGGAGAUCCCGUCACUCUAUUUGAAGUGGUCAAACUGGGCAAGAGUGCCAUGCAGUCUGUGGUGGACGAGUGGAUCGAGUCGUAUAAACAGGACAGAGACUUGGCGCUGCUGGACCUCAUCAAUUUCUUCAUCCAGUGCUCAGGGUGCAAAGGCACCGUGAGGAUUGAGAUGUUCAGGAACAUGCAGAACGCCGAGAUCAUCCGCAAGAUGACUGAGGAGUUUGAUGAGGACAGCGGCGAUUAUCCUCUCACCAUGCCAGGGCCCAUGUGGAAGAAGUUUCGCUACAACUUCUGUGAGUUUAUCAGCGUCUUGAUUCGCCAGUGUCAGUACAGCAUCAUCUACGACGAGUACAUGAUGGAUACGGUGAUCUCGCUCCUCACCGGGCUGUCGGACUCUCAAGUGCGAGCCUUCAGACACACCUCCACAUUAGCAGCGAUGAAGCUGAUGACAGCGCUCGUGAAUGUGGCGUUAAACCUGAGCAUUCACCAGGACAACACGCAGAGACAGUACGAGGCUGAGAGGAACAAGAUAGCCGGCAAACGAGCCAACGAGAAGCUGGAGCUGCUGCUACAGAAAAGGAAGGAGCUUCAAGAAAACCAAGAUGAAAUAGAGAAUAUGAUGAACUCCAUCUUCAAGGGAAUCUUUGUGCAUCGCUACAGGGAUGCCAUCGCUGAAAUCCGAGCCAUCUGUAUUGAGGAAAUCGGAGUGUGGAUGAAGAUGUACAGUGAUGCUUUUCUUAAUGAUAGUUACCUGAAAUAUGUUGGCUGGACACUACAUGAUAGGCAAGGAGAGGUGCGUCUGAAGUGCCUGAAGGCUCUGCAGAACCUGUACACAAACAGAGAACUGUUCCCCAAAUUAGAGCUGUUCACCAACCGCUUUAAGGAUCGUAUCGUAUCAAUGACGCUGGAUAAGGAGUAUGACGUUGCUGUGGAGGCCAUCAGACUGGUUACACUCAUCCUGCAGGGCAGUGAAGACGCCUUAUCCAAUGAGGACUGUGAGAAUGUGUAUCACCUGGUUUACUCUGCCCACCGACCAGUCGCAGUAGCUGCUGGAGAGUUCCUGCACAGGAAGUUGUUCAGUCGUCAUGAUCCGCAGGCAGAAGAGGCGCUGGCUAAGCGCAGAGGGAGGAGCAGUCCCAACGGAAAUCUCAUCCGCAUGCUGGUGCUCUUCUUUCUGGAGAGCGAGCUCCAUGAGCAUGCAGCCUACCUGGUGGACUCGCUGUGGGAGAGCUCUCAGGAGCUGCUGAAAGACUGGGAGUGUAUGACUGAACUUCUGCUGGAGGAGCCUGUGCAGGGAGAGGAGGUGUUGUCAGACAGACAAGAGAGCGCUCUGAUCGAGCUGACAGUGUGCACCAUCCGACAGGCAGCGGAGGCACAUCCACCUGUUGGCAGAGGCACCGGCAAACGGGUGCUGACAGCGAAGGAGAGGAAGACCCAGAUAGACGAUAAGAACAAACUGACAGAGCACUUCAUCAUGGCUCUGCCCAUGCUUCUGUCCAAGUACCAGGCAGACUCGGAGAAGGUAGCCAACCUGCUGCAGAUCCCUCAGUUCUUCGACCUGGACGUGUACAGCGCCGGGCGCAUGGAGAAGCACCUGGACGCCCUGCUGAAGCAGAUCCGGCUAGUGGUGGAGAAGCACAUCGAGAUGGAUGUGCUGGAGGCCUGCAGUAAGACCUACAGCAUCCUCUGCUCCGAAGAGUACACCAUCAUGAACCGCGUGGACAUCGCCCGCUCGCAGCUCAUCGACGAGAUGACGGAUCGCUUCGCGCACUCUGUCGAAGAGCUGCUGCAGGAGGCUGAGGAGGCCGAUGAUGACGAUAUCUACAAUGUUUUAUCAACACUGAAAAGACUCACAGCCUUCCACAAUGCCCACGACUUGACGCGGUGGGAUUUAUUUGGGAACUGCUACCGGCUGCUGAAGGCGGGCAUCGAGCAGGGCUCCAUGCCAGAGCAGAUAGCCGUCCAGGCCCUGCAGUGCUCUCACUACUCCAUCCUCUGGCAGCUGGUCAAGAUCACAGAGGGGGCUCCCAGCAAGGAUGAUCUGGUGGCUCUCAGGAGAGUGGUGAAGUCGUUCCUGGCUGUGUGCCAGCAGUGCCUGUCCAACGUCAACACACCAGUCAAAGAACAGGCGUUCAUGCUUCUCUGCGACCUGCUGAUGAUCUUCAGUCACCAGCUGGUUUCUGGCGGCAGGGAGGGCCUCCAGCCGCUGGUCUUCAACCCAGACAGCACUCUGCAGAACGAGCUGCUCAACUUCGUCCUGGACCACGUCUUCAUCGACCAGGACGACGAGAGUCAGAGCAUGGAGGGAGACGAGGAGGACGAGGCCAACAAGAUCGAGGCUCUCCACAAAAGGAGAAAUCUGCUCGCCGCUUUCUGCAAACUCAUCAUCUACGACAUCGUAGACAUGCCUGCUGCUGCCGACAUCUUCAAACACUACAUGAAGUACUAUAAUGAUUACGGCGACAUCAUCAAGGAGACUCUGAGUAAAACCAGACAGACGGACAAGAUUCUCUGUGCCAAGACGCUCAUCCUCAGUCUGCAGCAGCUGUUCAACGAGCUGCUGCAGGACCAGGGGCCCAACCUGGACCGGACAUCGUCUCACGUCAGCGGCAUCAAAGAACUGGCUCGACGCUUUGCCCUCACCUUCGGCCUGGAUCAAAUCAAGACCAGAGAGGCUGUUGCUACGCUGCACAAGGAUGGAAUAGAGUUUGCAUUUAAGUACCAGAAUCCACGAGGAACAGAGUUUCCUCCCAUCAACCUGGCCUUCCUGGAGGUUCUGAGUGAAUUUUCCUCCAAACUAAUCCGCCAAGACAAAAAGACAGUCCACUCGUACCUGGAGAAGUUCAUGUCAGAUUCAAUGUCGGAGCGUCGGGAGGACGUGUGGCUGCCGCUGAUCUCCUACAGGAACAGCCUGCUGACGGGAGGAGACGAGGACCACAUGUCUGUCACAUCGGGCUCCAGCAGCAAGGCGGGUUCAGUCCGCAGCAAGAAGGGACGACCGCCGAUACACAAGAAACGCAUCGAGGAGGAGAGUAGUGUCGAGGGCUCGUGGAUGUUACGUAAUGACACUCUUCAGACACCGGGAGCGCUGCAGACCCCUCAACUCACCUCAACAGUCCUCAGAGAGAACAGACCAGCAGAACACAUGCCCGACCCCGACUCAGAACCCGGAUCAGAGAACGACUACGUACACAAUCCGCAGAUGCAGAUGUCGUGGCUCGGCCAGCAGAAGAUGGAGGAGGUGAGCAGGAAGGACCGGACGGGCAUGAACUACAUCAAAUCACGCAGCAAUCAGGGCGUCCGGCAGACCGUGCGUGGGUUGAUGGAGGAUGACGCAGAGCCCAUCUUUGAGGACGUGAUGAUGUCAUCGCGGGGCCAGCUGGAGGACAUGAACGAGGAGUUUGAAGACACUAUGGUGAUCGAUCUGCCGCCAUCGAGGAACAGACGCGAAAGAGCGGAAUUAAGACCGGACUUCUUUGACUCCGCAGCGAUGAUUGAGGACGAGUCGGGUUUCAGCAUGCCGAUGUUCUGAUCUGGGAAGAGGCAAAGAUCCUGAGAUGAGGAUCCACAUCAGGAGUAAACAGAAGAGGGGGGGGGUUGGGACAUCUAACCCAGAUAACCUGCCAUUCAAACUCUUAAGAAGAAGAAAAAAACAUUGUUGAAGUACUUUUCUCUUUCUAUAAGACAUGAUGGAAGGAUGUUUGUCAAGUGGAUCUGCUGAAAGAUCCCGCAUCGGCUGGAUCUCACCUGGAAGUGUGAAGCGAGGAUCGGCUCUGUUCUUUCAGGCGUGGGCCAGAGGAUCCAGAAUAUUCUCCAGAAUCUAGUGCGGAUUAUUCAAGAGCUUCGUCUUGCUCCAAAUCCUCCUCCUUUCGAGCCUGUUGGUUUAGCGGUAGCACUGAUGGCUAAGUAAUCGUGCUGCCGGCCGACGAGUACUCGCAGUUUUUACGGUUCCCCGAUAACACAGAUGUACAGUUGUUUGGUUCCGCUCCCGAUCAGCAGCACAGAGCAGCGUAACACUCUGUACAGCCCCCCCUUCUUUUUGGUGUCGCACUUCGAACCGUUGGUCAAAUCCAACACAAAGGAGAUCUCAAUACUAAGUGUUCUAUAUCUUUGCUCUUAUUACCGCCCACCGACCCCUCUUCCUCUCUCUGUUCGCCAUCCGAGUCCUUGUAUGUGGUGGUGCUGGUGUGUGAUGUGUGUGUGUAAAGUGUCGGUGGUGAUGAUGGUCGAGUAGUCGCACACGCACACUGAGGUCAACAGCUGUAGAGUGACUUGGCGGAAGUGAUGUAACUGUCUUGUGUGUGUGAUGUCAAAGCAAAAAGUGUUGUCAUUUGACGGCGAAGCCACCUCUCCCCUCCCCGCCCCCCUCGCAACCGACCUCGGACAGAAGCCUCCACCCUCUCAGAUCUCGGAAAACGUUCUGCACACACACACAUAAACACACACCCUUGAAUAACGGCGUUUUGAAGUUAAAAAGUUUUAAAAAAAAGACAAUAAACAUAUUUUGAAUUCUGUAGCUUUAGUACUAAAGUUUUAAAUCAAGUGUGUUUUUGUUUUUGUCUGAUGUUUGUACAGCCUUUUCUUGAAUAUGUAUCUUGUUUGUUGCCAAAUUGUGGCCUACAUACUUACAGUAUAUUCCAGCCCCGUCCCCUACACCUGUAUCUCAUAUCUAAUGGUUACCAAGCUCAGAUUGUUGCUAUGGAAAACCAGUUUUUAAGCGCUGUAUGGUCUGAUUGUAAUCGUUUCACAGUUCAGUAUUACGGCAGGUCAUCUCUUCAAUUUGUUCAUUUUACAAAUUAAGUUUUCACACCCGCCUUCAGUGUUAACUGAUCCAAGAAGUUGCAGAUUUGUUGUUAUCAUCGUUCAAAUCCAGUACAGUGACGGAUUUCUAUGUCUGACAGAUUUGUUUGAAUGUGUUUUGAAUGUUUCCAGCCAUAUCGUCGUUCACCCACCGUCGGUUAAUCAAUCAUUUACCUUCUCCCUCGGCUGGCUUGGCAGUCCUGUAAAUAUCAGAGACAAUUGGAUCUUUUCUGCAGUGCAGUUGACAUCAGUUGCCCUAAAAUGCUCUAAAAGCCUGUUUUUUUUUCUGUGAACCUAAAUUCUUUCUAAU